GCCCGAACUGGCAGUAAAUACGUCACUGGUGCGCGUCCACGUUCUUUCUCUCGUCCUAAAGAUGGCGGCAGGGACUCUGUACACGUAUCCAGAAAACUGGAGAGCCUUCAAGGCUCAAAUUGCAGCCCAGUACAGCGGUGCACGCCUCAAGGUGGCCAGCAGCGCCCCCGCCUUCACCUUCGGACAGACAAACCGUACCCCUGCCUUCCUCAACAACUUCCCCUUGGGCAAGGUACCAGCUUUUCAGGGCGACGACGGCUUCUGUCUUUUCGAGAGUAAUGCCAUUGCUCACUACCUGAGCAAUGAGGCCCUGCGUGGCAGCAGUCCCCAGGCCCAGUCCCAGGUGCUUCAGUGGGUAAGCUUCGCUGAUGCUGAAAUCAUCCCUCCAGCCUCUACGUGGGUCUUCCCCACUUUGGGAAUCAUGCAGUUCAACAAGCAGGCAACAGAGCAGGCCAAGGAGGAGAUGAAGAAGGUUCUGUCUGUCCUCAACCAUCACCUCAACACCAGGACCUUCCUGGUUGGAGAGAGAGUCAGCCUGGCUGAUAUCAGCGUGGCCUGUAGCAUGAUCUGGCUCUAUAAACAGGUCCUUGAGCCUUCCUUCCGCCAACCUUUCCCCAACGUGAACCGCUGGUUCCAGACCUGCGUCAACCAGCCCCAAUUCAAGACCGUGCUCGGAGAGGUCAAGCUCUGCGACAAGAUGGCUCAGUUUGAUCCCAAGAAGUUCUCUGACAUGCAGCCCAAGAAAGACUGCCAUUCCAAGAAAGACGCUCCCAAGAAAGAGAAAGCUGGAAAGGAGGGAGGCAAACCUCAGGAGAAGAAAAAGAAGGAAGCUGCCCCUGCCGAGGAGGAAAUGGACGAGUGUGAGGCAGCUCUGGCUUCAGAACCCAAAACAAAGGACCCUUUCGCUCAUCUGCCAAAGAGUGCGUUUGUCAUGGAUGAGUUCAAGAGGAAGUACUCUAACGAGGACACGCUGACUGUAGCCGUGCCCCACUUCUGGGAACACUUUGACAAGGAGGGCUACUCCAUCUGGUACGGCGAGUACAAAUUCCCCGAGGAGCUUACCAUGACCUUCAUGAGCUGCAACCUCAUCAUGGGAAUGUUCCAGCGACUCGACAAACUCCGCAAGAACGGCUUUGCCAGCGUGAUCCUGUUCGGAGGGAACAACGACAGUAGCAUUUCUGGAAUCUGGAUCUUUAGGGGACAGGACUUGGCUUUCACUUUGUCUGAUGACUGGCAGAUUGAUUAUGAGUCGUACGCCUGGCGCAAACUGGACCCCGACAGCGACGAAACCAAGACCAUGGUCAAGGAGUACUUUGCUUGGGAGGGAGAGUUCAAACACGUGGGAAAACCCUUUAACCAGGGCAAGUGCUUCAAGUGAGCAGCGUGGAGGAGGAUGGCACCAUGACCCCUAUACGUCCGACGCUAUACAUCAACACCUUAACCUAAAGGACAUUCAACCACCUUAAAACUACACUUGGACCUUCUCAAACUGAUCUUCAGUUGGAGUGGAUUGUGUCGCAAUGGUUCAACAAAAGUACUUGUUUUGAGUUGACAAAUAAACAUGUUUUCCACAA